UGAGCUGGUACACUCUGACUGUAAACCUGUUGCCAGGUGUGAGUAGGACAGUCGCAACAACGAGACAGACAACACCGCAUAUGCUGCUGUCGGAAGUUUAUGAGCAUUUGGAAUAUCGGCGACGAUUGAAGCUCAUGGUAACUAUCUUACAACCCCAAUUUAUAAAGACCUGGAUCUCAAGUAACCAGUAACAACACGACCUUCUCUGGCGAAAGGCAUGACCCAAACACCCAAACAAGUGACGGGCAAUGAGCUCACACAGGACAACAAUCAGUCUGGGGAAGGCAGAUUGACCUUAGAAGAGCAAGAGGUUCUGGAAGUCAGUGGGCAGUGCAUUACAGCACCUCAGUCACCUGAAGCAUUGCUUUACUCUUGUUAUAAACAGAGGAGUGACGAGUUUCGGAAGUUAUUCAGAGAGAUGCCUGAGUCUGAGAAACUAAUUGCAGACUACACCUGUGCUCUCCAGAAGGAUAUCUUGUUACAAGGCCGCAUCUAUAUUACAGGGAAUUGUUUAUGUUUCUACAGUCAUGUUUUUCGUGGUACAAAAAUCAUGGUAAAUAUGAAGGAUGUCACCUCAAUGACAAGAGAGAAGACAGCGAAAUGGAUACCAAAUGCUAUCCAGAUCAGUACUAAUUCAGAGAAGCUGCUGUUCUGCUCAUUCUCAGCAAGGGAGAAAAGUUACCUGAGUAUGUUUCGGCUUUGGCAGAAUAUUUUAAUGGAGAAGAAACUGACCAAUUCGGAGCUGUUGCAGAUAGUCAAGCAGCAUUAUGGCAACGACUUAGGAUUGAGUCAUGAUGAAAUGGAAAGCUUUCAGACAUCAGUAGAUACUGCCACACCUACCCUGCCCAGUCUGAAUAUGCGUGGAGAAGAUUACACCGGGAGACCAGAGAGGCCCACGUCGCUUCGUCUUCCCCAAGGAGAGAUGAAUUCUUAUGAGGCCACCACACCACAGGGAGACGACACACAGUCUUCAGUUGGACUGCAAAGCAUGCUCUCAGCAAAUGGAGGGGACGACACUCUCAGUACCCCGUCCCAUCAGCGGAGUCCAAAUCUGUCAUUAAACCGCUCAGGAUCUGAACGAGUGUCUAAACGCUCCUCUCACUCUCUGGAUCUAAAUGCAAAUGAAGACCAGCUCUCUGAUAACAGCAGAUCUGACAGCCUGGAGGAAGUGGAAGAAAGUGAGAAGGUGUCUCAGGGAAGGCUGUUUGUGAAUCGGGUCUUUCACAUCAGUGCUGAGAAGAUGUUUGACAUGCUUUUCACUGAUUCUGAUUUCUUGCGGAGGUUUAUGCAUGUCAGGAAGAUCACAGGUGCUCACUCUACCCCUUGGCAAAGGGAGGCCUCUGGCGGUAUGAAAAGGACUUUGAACUACACCAUCACCAUUUCUAACCCCCUGGUCGGCAAGUUCUCCACUGCCACAGAGAACCAGACACUAUAUAAAGAGUCACGGGAGGGUCAAUAUUACAUGAUCGAUGCGGAGGUCUACACACACGAUGUUCCCUACCAUGACUACUUCUACACUCAGAAUCGCUACUGUAUCAUCCGUAACUCCAAGCACAAGUGCAGACUCAGGAUUUACACUGAUGUCAAAUACAAAAAGCAGCCCUGGGGUCUUGUUAAAUCCUUUAUCACCAAAAACUCCUGGAGUGGCCUUGAAGACUACUUUAAACAUCUUGAGGCAGAGCUGCUUGAAGAGGAGGCAGAGUUGACUCAAGGAAGCGGAGAUGCUGGGAAGACGGGUGGUUUGCGCAGGAGGCGAAGAACCUACAGUCGCACCCUACAGGAACACAUGAAGCCCGGGAAGCAGUACAGCGCAGACUCGGAUCAGCAGAGAGGCAGCACCAUGGGUACCAUGGAUAUAAAGAACACGCCACACAGAUGGAACAUUACUUCAAUUGUAACUGGGAUGAGCUUAAUACUUUUCGUUCUGGUGGUUCUGAACUUGGGGCUGUUCUUUAAACUUUGGGCCAUGGAAGAUGUCGCUCACCGUAUGUAUCUGAACACCAAGCACAGAAUGAAGGAGAGAGUAGAGUCCAGUUUGGCACCUGACCUAGGGCCCAGACAGGGUAUGCCCCACAGAAGUCGAGAGGAAGCACAUCUACUGAAGGCAGUACUGCAGGACUCUAUUAACCUUCUUGAACAACUACGCAGUUCUCUUAUGGUGCUUCAGAAGAGCUUUCAGGUCUACAACAGUUCAUCCUCUCAGCUUUAAAUGCCAUUGGGUUUUGCGACCUGACAACACAAGGGUAUUCUUCCCAUAAGACAUACCCUCGCUGAGGAGUGUUGCCAUAGGGACAGUCACCCUGUGCAGACUCGUAGCCAUGUUCAUCAUCUCUCUGGGCUUUUUUUGUUGUGGUUAGAUGUUUUUUUUAAUUGUCAAAGGGGAUCUUUGCACUGAUACACUAAAUCUUGCAAGUUUCCUCUUGUAUUUGCUAACCUGACCUUGAAACGGAAAGAAAAAAGCGACUCUUUUGCUCAUUCUUCAGAGUUCAUGUUGCUGAAGUGAAAGUAACAGCAAUGUAGCAGGUUGAAACACAAAGGGUGACCUCAUGUUCUGAACUGUCGGAUGCUAAUUUGCUGAACAGUUUUUCUGGACUACAACAAAAGCUUUAUAAAGCUAAACAUUCUCAGAUAUGUAAUGGAUUCAGUGCAGUUGCACAGGUUCUUCACUCUGAUUAUUGAGGGGGCAGUGCCGGCCAAUUGCCUCCAGCUCACAUGUAAGAGAUCUGCCUAAAAUUUACUUGAGUGCCUUUUCUGUCUUGAUUUAGAUACUGUUCUUGUCUCAAGAUACCUCUAAGAAUUUGUAAAUGAUUGCACCUUUAAAACAUUAUUAAUGCAGGGAUCAUCACUGACAAAUGAUUGUAUGUGUUGAAAUUGUAGAAUGUUUGAAAUUCUGAAUGUUGAUCAGGAUUUUAAUAAUGUCUAAUGGUACAGGUUCAUAUGGAGAAGAUAAUAUAUCUGACGUUUACUGUAAAUGAUGAGUGAUGUUUUACCUAUAAAUUGUUUACACUUGUCUUUAAAUACCACUUUUGUUUGUUUUGCUUUUAGGGACCGUAUUGUCACUGUGAAAUAAAUUUGACACAUUCAUGUAAAUGCUUUACUUGGGAAAAUAAGAAUUUAUAAUCCUCAAGCAUUCCAAACUUUCACAGAAAUAUAUAUGAGGUGGAUGUGUAUAGAUGUCUUAUUUUUUCUGCAUAGAUUGAGAUAUUUUUUCUGUUUUUUUUUUUUUUUGUUUAAAUUUUGUUCUGAAACUAUUUAUAAAUAAAAUUCAAAUGUUCAAUUUG